GGCCUCGGCUCUCGGUCGGUCCGCCACGCUCGGGCCGGGAUCUAGGCUCCUUCAGCGCCGGCUGGGGGCGGGGGGCGCGGCGCGGGCGGCGCUGCAGUGCCCGCAGCGGCGGGCUGGGGGAGCUGUGCCCGCCCGUCCCUAAGGCCCGGGUGGGGACCAGGCAGCUGGGUCGCCGCGCCUCUAGCGCGACCGGACGAGGCGGCGCGCAGCCAGGCGUGCCCCAGCGAGCUUGGGCCCCAAGUCUUCCUGGGCGCCCAGCCGGGGAGGCCCCGGGAGGAGCCCAGUCCCGCGGGCGAGGGUGGCCGCGGCCGCCGCCGCCGCGUCCCGCCCCCGGGGGGUGUCCCGGGCCGCUGGGCCCGCCCAGGUAACCCCAUCCUCGGCCCGCCCCCGGCCCGCCCCCCCGGCCGCCCGCCCGCCUCCGCCGCCGCCGCCGCCGCCGCGGCAUCCCGGCUCUGGGGCGGCGCUGACAGUCUGGUCCGCGCCGGGCAGCGGGCGCAGCAGCGGGCAGGGCGGCCGGCAGGCACGGAGGCAGAGCCCGCCGCGCGCGCCCCGGCCCGCGCCCGGCGCCGCGCCCCAGCCCACCCGCGGAGCGCCCACCUGCCGCCCGGACGGGGGGCCUCCCGCGGCCGCAGCGCUGCCCGGGGCCGAGCGCCCGCGGCGGCACCAUGAGUCCCCGCUCGUGCCUGCGUUCGCUGCGCCUCCUGGUCUUCGCCGUCUUCUCGGCCGCCGCGAGCAACUGGCUGUACCUGGCCAAGCUGUCUUCCGUGGGGAGCAUCUCCGAGGAGGAGACAUGCGAGAAACUCAAGGGCCUGAUCCAGAGGCAGGUGCAGAUGUGCAAGCGGAACCUGGAGGUGAUGGACUCGGUGCGCCGGGGCGCUCAGCUGGCCAUCGAGGAGUGCCAGUACCAGUUCCGGAACCGGCGCUGGAACUGCUCCACACUCGACUCUCUGCCCGUCUUCGGCAAGGUGGUGACACAAGGGACUCGAGAGGCGGCCUUCGUGUACGCCAUCUCUUCAGCAGGUGUGGCCUUCGCAGUGACACGGGCCUGCAGCAGUGGGGAGCUGGAAAAGUGCGGCUGUGACCGGACGGUGCACGGGGUCAGCCCUCAGGGCUUCCAGUGGUCGGGAUGCUCGGACAACAUCGCCUAUGGCGUGGCCUUCUCCCAGUCAUUUGUGGACGUGCGCGAGCGAAGCAAGGGGGCCUCGUCCAGCCGGGCCCUCAUGAACCUCCACAACAACGAGGCCGGCAGGAAGGCCAUCCUGACACACAUGCGGGUGGAGUGCAAGUGCCACGGGGUGUCGGGCUCCUGCGAAGUGAAGACGUGCUGGCGAGCUGUGCCACCCUUCCGCCAGGUGGGCCAUGCGCUGAAGGAGAAGUUCGAUGGGGCCACCGAGGUGGAGCCCCGCCGUGUGGGCUCCUCCCGGGCACUGGUGCCUCGCAACGCCCAGUUCAAACCGCACACAGAUGAGGACCUGGUGUACCUGGAGCCCAGCCCAGACUUCUGCGAGCAGGACAUGCGCAGUGGCGUGCUGGGCACGAGGGGCCGGACGUGCAACAAGACGUCCAAGGCCAUCGACGGCUGCGAGUUGCUGUGCUGCGGCCGCGGCUUCCACACGGCACAGGUGGAGCUGGCCGAGCGCUGCAGCUGCAAGUUCCACUGGUGCUGCUUCGUCAGGUGCCGGCAGUGCCAGCGGCUGGUCGAGCUGCACACGUGCCGGUGACGGCACCCAGCCUGUGCUCAGCGACCGAGUGGCCCAGGAAGGCCAGUGAUUUAAAGUCUCCCACCACCCACCCCAAGAGAUACUGGUUGUACUUUUUGUUCUGGUUUGGUUUUUGGGUCCUCAUAUUAUUUAUUGCUGAAACCAGGCAGGCGACCCUACGAGCACCGACCGCAGCCUCCCGCAAAGCCCGAGGCUUUGUGGUUGCCACUGACCAAAGGGACCUAGCUCGUGGCUCUGGCUGUCCACAUAAGGCCGCUGCUGACCACUCAGUUGUUACCUGUGUCCACAUUUUUCUACUUGCAGACUUAAGAUGGGUAACAAGGAGUGUUACAGCCACAUGGCUACUAACCCCACCAUCUAAGGAAACAGGUGGCCCGGCCCCAUGGCAGGGACAACAGGUGCCAUCUUGAUGGAAGUCACAUCACCUGGAAAAAGAGCUGGCAACUCUUCACCCGACACAUACACAAGGCCUCUGGCAACUGGGCCCUGGUAGCCUUGACUCUGAAACUCCCUGGAAAGAGAAUGGGCAGUACCAGGUCAAGGGCAAAGGGUUCAUUUCAGCUCUUACAUGGGGAACUGGCUGGCCCGCCUCUAUGGGACCUUCCAAGUGGGACGUGCAGAUGAGGUGAGGGCAAGAGAAGGCUCCGGCCCCACCCGGAGCCCAGCCUGCCCAGCAUAACCCUUUGCAGGGGUAAUCUUGCUCCCAGGCCCUCCAGGACAGGCUGGGCUGCCGUCCUGGGUCAGUCAGUCAGGCCCCGUGUGAGUCACCUCUCAGGGUGCUGUCCUCUUGUGAAAAUGACCAUGGAAAUCUCACACACAGAGACAGGACAGGGUUGUGCAGAGAGUCCUCCCCAUUAUCUCACUCACUUAGCUAAAUUUAUUGAGUAAUAACUGUCCUAAGCCCCAUACUGGGGCAUCUCCCUUGAUGAUUACACCAGUCCUGGGGGCAGAGAGAGGCACAUGCCCACUUCACAGCCGAGGGUCCACAGCAAGCUGAGCAGAGGCAGAGCCACAAGAGUUCUCCAGCCAGGCUCCUCCAGGGCCCUUGCACCCAAAGGCACAGACACAGAAGGUCUCCUUGGGCCUGAGCCUUGAGAGGGGUUCUGGUUACAAAAAAAGGGACAGAAGCAACAGGAACCAGAGACCACAGCCUGGGCUGGAGCCCACAUGGCUGCAGAGAGAAGGCAGGCUGUGAGCAGAGAGGUGAGUGAGCAGAUGGAAGGCUCACCAGUGAGGUCUCAGCAGUGCAGACCCCAAACCCCACCCCCCCCCCCGACCUCCAGGUCUCUAAGGCCCAGGUGCAUGGGUACUCAAGAUUCCCAAGAGAGUACCAGCAGUCUAGACUUCUGUCAACGGGACACGCACAGACCCAACCACUUCUCAGUUGGGCUCCCAACCACCAGAAGACCUCACCAUCGACCCAAACACUGUUUGAGGUCUUGAGUUCUAGGAUCCCCAUUUGGGGCUCCAAGACCCCAAGCUCAAGCUCUUGAUUUUGGGGUUCAGUGUCUGAAAGCAAAGUUCAAGAUUCAGAAUCUGGACUCAAGCCUACAGAAACUCUCUUCUUGGUUUGUGCCUCCUGAUGUUGGCUCCCCCUACAAAGAGGGACAACACCCUUGGCUUCCAACCAAGCUCUCUGCUCAAUGCCCAUCCAAGUAGGAGGCCAAAACCAAGUGAGAUGCUGGAGUCACAUUCAAAUACAGAGACAGUCUUGGGGCAGCCUGGCUCUGAUGUGGAUGAAAGCCAAGCCAACUAAGGGUCCCCAUAGCUGCCCAGCUGGGCCCACUGCCACACUAGCAGACUUGGUUCAGCUGCCCACUCAGCACCAGGGAAAAUACUAUGCCUCACUGUCAGAGCCAGAUGCAGGCAAAAGGAAGCAGCGGGGACCACCCUGCUCCAGGGAGCUGAGCUGCUCUCCUCCACCCAGGGAACAGAGGAGGUCCAGGUUGCUUGCUGACUGGAAAGGCAAUGCCCCAAGAAGCAGCGAGAAGGUGUGUACCCAAUCGCAGGCGUCAUUCACCUUUCCACCUGCCAGGGAGCGCCUGGAAGCUGAUCCUCCUGGGGUUACGAAGGCUGCGCCUGGGGUCCGUCGGAUCACAUUCUAGGAACCUCUGAAAGCCCUACUGACACUGCCACCUUCACUGCCGCCGAGGCCAAAGAAAUUCACAACCACAGAAAAAGCUUCCUUGGACACGCCCAGCUCCAAACUGUCCCAAAUAAAAGAGGACUGACACAGGCCUGACAGCCACACGGGGGCUUGGAAAGUGGUGAAAAGGCUCACAUCCCACCCACACGGGGGCUUGGAAAGUGGUGAAAAGGCUCACAUCCCGCCCGAACCACUCUCCACCAUCCUUAUACCAGGCAAAAGCAAUGUCCUCUGAGGCCUAGGGCUGGACAAAGCCCAGCUCUGGAUGCUGCUUCCCCACUCUGCUGCCCACCCCUUCCUUCAAUUUUUAUACGAAGCUCCUUACCACCGUGACAUCCCCAUGACAUAGUCUAAUGCACGAUAAAAUGAUUAUUUCUUUA